AUGGAGCAGAGGACCGAUGUGUGUGAGUGUGACUCAGAGCUCGGCUCCCCCGGCUGGAGGGAACCUCUGGACUGCGUCCGAGCCUCUGAACUGUGCAACCAGAACAGCCAGUGCAGCUCCCGGUACCGGAUCAUGCGCCAGUGCCUGUCUGGGGGGGACAAGGAGCGCAGCGCCAUGCUGGCCUCCAAGGAGUGCCAGGGAGCGCUGGAGGUGCUGCAGGACUCGCCGCUCUACGACUGUCGCUGCAAGAGAGGCAUGAAGAAAGAGCUGCAGUGUCUGCAGAACUACUGGAGCAUCCACAUGGGUCUGAGUGAGGGCGAAGAGUUUUAUGAAACGUCUCCCUACGAGCCGAUUCAUUUCUCUGAGGAAUUCCGACAUGCUUCCAUCAUCUCAGAUUCUUCUUUGUCGAGGAUGAACCCCUGCUCUGAAGCAGGGAAACGCUGUAACCCGUGUCUGGACGCAGCAAAGUCGUGUAACCUGAACGAGACAUGUAAACGCCUCCGAUCCGCCUACAACGCCAUCUGCAGCAAGGCCAUGCCCCCUCAGCCCUCCGUGGCCAAUCAGGAGCCCUGCAGCCGGAAAAGAUGUCAGAAGGCCCUGCGUCAGUUCUUCGAGCGGGUCUCCUGGGAGCUCAGCUACCCUCUGAUGUUCUGCUCCUGUCCGGAUCAAGCUUGUGCCGAGCGGCGCCGUCGGACCAUCGUGCCGUCCUGCUCUCACCAGGAGAGACACAAGCCCACCUGUCUGGAGCUCCGGAGCACCUGCACCUCCGACGCUCUGUGCAGGUCUCGGCUCGCUGACUUCCACAUGAACUGCCAGAUGACGUCUCACAGCGUCACCAGCUGUCCUCACGAUAACUAUCACGGCUGCCUGAUGUCCUACGUUGGCCUCAUCGGCUCUGACGUGACGCCCAACUACAGCGACAGCAGUCCGUCCAACAUCACCAUGAGCCUGUGGUGCACCUGCAGGGGAACGGCCAAUCAGGAGGGCCGGUGUGACGCCUUCCACCGGGACUUCACUCACAACACCUGCCUCAAAAACGCCAUCCAGUCGUUUGGUUACGGGGCAGAGGGAGGAACUCUUCUGGUGACCGAGCCAUCAUCUACCUUCUUCCCCCCCGCCCGGCCACCAAUCAUCUCUAAACCCGCCCCCUCUCUACACGGCGACGCCAUCAAACCCCUGGACAGCGCCUGUUUGUUCUCUACCUGUGCUAACCUGCAGGAUGGAGGUCCAGAGUGUGUCCCGUCUGAAGACUUUGAGUGUGAGGAGGCUGUGCCGGCUCAGGGGUCAGUUGACUCUACAGGACCAAAGAGCAGCAGCCGGCGAUCAGCUCCUCUUCUCCUCUCUGUGACUGUGUCCGUCCUGGUUCUACUUUCAUAAACAUGGACUCUCACACACACACACACUCACUCACUCUCUCUCACACACACUCACUCACUCACUCACUCACUCUCACACACACACACACACAUACAUGUCAAGACCCAGAGAGUCAUGUGACUCGUCCGCUACGAGGAAAUGUCAACCAGCAGACGUCCAAACAUCAACAACAGGCUUUGGAGGACGGAACGUGUUCUGGAGGACAUUCUCACAACCCACACACCCACCCACCCCCCCUCCACCCACACACACACACACACACACACACACACACAGAAAGAAACUGUAUUUUGUGAGAGAGAAGUAACAAAGGCUGAGAAACCGUCUUGAGGUUUUUGAUUGUGCAGCUCUGACUCUGACUCCAUCCAGUGUUUCUGGAUCUGAGACAGCUGGACUGAAAACACAGGAACACACUCACACACACACACACACACACACACACACACACACACUCGGACAACAAGUGUUCAAAUUCCAGAUUUCUAGUCUGGACAGAAGGGACGGAUCCUUCCACGGUGUUUGUCAGCUCCAUGUAUCCUCUGGACCUCUGAGGCAACAAAUCUAUACUUCAUACACACACACACACACACCCCUCCCCUUAGACCUCGUUAGCAGGUAAACAGGGUCCCCUCACAAACCAGUGGGCUUUAUCUUCAGUUUGUUGUUGACAUUCUGUACAAACUUCAUUUAAUGUGGAAUAUGAAAAAAAGUCCAUGCAAUGAGAUCUCAAUGCGACAGUGUGUAUUUCACAUAUAAGUGUGUAGUUAAGUGUGUGUGUGUGUGUGUGUGUGUGUGUGUGUGUGUGUGUGUGUGUGUGGGUGUGUGAAGAAAAGCUGGAAGGGUUCAAAUCUUAAAAGCAACUGAAAACCAAAGUGUGAAGUUGUUUCCCUACUGAACAGUUCAUGUUGACAUUGAAAUCUUUUACCUUUGGAAAGCAUUGUCAUUUGAUCUACGCUUUAAUAAAAGCCAUAGAAAGUAUCCAUGGAAGCAGAGAUUGAGACAUUGAGGCACAUUAGUAGUUUUAAAGACGUCUCGUGAGGGAGUCGGUGGUCGUGAGUCUGAAUGUUUGACCUCAUGGUGAAUCGUGUUUGUGUCUCACUUCAUUUUGUGCAGGUGAAGAGACGGAAACCUUUAAUGUAACUGAAUAAAGAUUCAAUUUAGAUGUAAUGAGCUGAAAUACAUUUGGUUUAGUGGUUCAUCAAUUAUCAGUCAUGGGGGGGGGGGCAGAUUAACCUGGUUAUAGUUGAACCUUUUCUCUCUAAAGUCAUAAUUUAACUCUAGUUACAGUCCUGACUUCAGUACAUUUCACACUUAGGUUUUCAUCGCUUUUAACAUUUAAAUAAUGAUGUUCUUUUUUUGCUGUGUGUGUGUGUGUGUGUGUGUGUGUACUUUACCUCCCGUCACUCUGUGGGGUAUCUCUUAUGUGUCACAGACCAGGAUGUGGACUAUGAGCGAAGGCCUUACUUUGCUGUUCUUUCUUAGAUACUUGAAAGAGAUGAUUAUUGAUUAUUGGCCUGCUAGCGGUCCAGAGAAGAUAUUACAAAGCCCAACACUUGAAACACUAAAAACUAGUCUGAGUAUUCAUGGUCCCCAGAGGAUUCUGUGGAUCCCCUGAGCGUCUCAUAACACCACCAUCAGGUCAACAGCCUGCUCAGUGAGACCCGAGCCGGCUGCUCCACACAUGUAAACGCAAAUACAAGUUAGAUUUAUAUGUUUGUUGAAAGAAUAUUUAAAUCCUGUCUGGUCUGACAACCUAACUGCAGGUUUGGUUAAUCAUGAGAUUGGAUUCAUUGACAUUUAAAGAACGUUUGCUAAAUUAAAACCAUAUAGAAAUUCUUUUUAAUUCAGAAUCGCUUCAUAAAUAACAGAAACAAGCUAUGUUCAGUAAAAUGUAAUAAAAACAAAGUGAGCAGUUGUUAAAGUAAUGAAGAAUAAAAAGGGCCCAACAAUGGAUCCCUGUGGGACACCACGAGUACCUCAAUUGGCAGCAGAUGGAUUUACAUUUAAAAGUCUUUCUGACUUCAUUCAUCAUCAUUUAAUGUGAGAACUCAAUAAGCUAAACUCCCUCAGGACAAACUUGACAUCUUAGACCUGAACUCAAAGCUAAACUAUCAUAUAUUCCUCUGAGCAUUGGAGGAUAGUGGGUCCACUAGCAGGACUUUAAGCUUUGUGAUCAUGUGGAGGGAAAAAGAAAUGAGGAAAAAACAUGAAAGUGAGAUUGUAUAUUUGCUGAUAUAUUUGUAAAAAUGUAACAGAGCUGCAGCAGUGUGACUGAAAUAUGUCUGGAGAUUUAAAUAAAAGUAACAUCUGUACGAACAGC